CACGAGUCGACGACGUAAGUAAUUUUCGUGUGACUAAACUUUAAUUCCAGUGGCGAGGUUGAACGAUAAUUACACAUUUAUUAUUCGAACAAUGCUCACAAACAGAAAAGAUUGACAGUCACCGUUUUCGCUUUUGGGACAACAAGAACAAGUGGCAGCUGGAAGCUGUUGGCCAAUAAACUAAAACCGGGAAAAUAAAUACGAAGGAAAAUGUCUUCAUCAGCCAUAUUUGUGCUGGACGUGAAGGGGAAGGUGUUAAUAUCCCGCAAUUAUCGCGGCGACAACAUUGACAUGGCUGUAAUCGAUAAGUUCAUGCCGCUGCUCAUGGAACGUGAAGAAGAAGGUCUCGUCACACCCAUUCUGCAGACCUCCGAGACCACCUUUGCCUAUAUUAAGACAAAUAACUUAUAUAUUGUGUCCACGACGCCGCGCAAUAAGAAUGUAAAUAUUGCGCUCGUUUUCGUAUUCCUGCACAAAAUCGCACAGGUGUUUGUGGAGUAUUUUAAAGAGUUGGAGGAGGAGUCCAUCCGCGAUAAUUUCGUUAUAAUAUACGAGCUGCUUGACGAACUCAUUGAUUUCGGCUAUCCCCAGACAACGGAUUCGAAAAUACUGCAGGAAUAUAUCACGCAAGAGGGUCACAAGUUGGAAUUGCAACCGCGUAUACCCGUUGCCGUAACGAAUGCAGUGUCCUGGCGCUCUGAGGGUAUCAAAUAUCGCAAGAAUGAGGUAUUUCUGGAUGUCAUCGAGUCAGUCAAUUUGCUCGCAAAUGCCAAUGGCAAUGUACUGCGUAGCGAAAUUGUGGGGGCCAUCAAAAUGCGCGUUUAUUUAUCUGGCAUGCCGGAACUUCGUUUGGGCCUCAACGACAAGGUUCUCUUCGAGAGCACCGGACGUGGCAAAUCCAAGUCAGUUGAGCUGGAGGAUGUUAAGUUCCAUCAGUGUGUGCGUCUGUCCCGCUUCGAAAACGAUCGCACAAUCUCGUUCAUACCACCGGAUGGCGAAUUUGAGCUGAUGUCAUAUCGCCUCAACACGCAUGUCAAGCCACUGAUAUGGAUAGAAUCGGUUAUUGAGCGACACGCCCAUUCGCGUGUGGAGUAUAUGAUUAAGGCAAAAUCGCAAUUCAAGCGCCGCUCGACGGCCAACAAUGUGGAAAUUGUAAUACCCGUGCCCGCUGAUGCGGAUUCGCCCAAGUUUAAGACCACCAUUGGCAGCUGCAAAUACGCCCCGGAGCAGAAUGCCAUCAUAUGGACAAUUAAAUCGUUCCCAGGCGGCAAGGAGUAUCUAAUGCGUGCCCACUUUGGCCUGCCCAGCGUGGAGAGCGAGGACAACACUGAGGGUAAACCGCCCAUACAGGUGCGCUUCGAAAUUCCCUACUUUACUACGUCAGGCAUACAGGUGCGUUACCUGAAGAUCAUUGAGAAGAGCGGCUACCAGGCGUUGCCCUGGGUCCGUUAUAUCACCCAGAACGGUGACUAUCAGCUGCGCACCAACUAAGACACGCCCACAC